AUGAUUGGUGCCAGAAGAGGUUUGCUUUGUGCAAAAGGCUUAGUUGCUGGCGUAUCAGCUCGUACACAAGUCCCUAGGUUUUUCAAAAAUUCACCAAAACUCAAUAUUAGAGUUAGUGCUUAUUCUACCAAGGCAGUCCCUUUAACAGCUGAAACUUACAGUGACAAGGUGAAACGUGAUGAAAGAUUUAAGCAGUUAGAAGAGUCAGACAUAGAAUUCUUCCAUUCAGUUUUACAAGAUCCACAUGGUGUUAUUACUGGGGAAGAAGACAUAGAAUUCUACAAUGAGGAUUGGAUGAGAAAAUAUAAAGGUCAAUCGAAGUUGGUAUUGAGACCUAAGACCACGGAACAAAUUUCUCAAAUCAUCAAGUACUGUAACGACAAAAAAUUGGCAGUUGUGCCCCAAGGUGGUAAUACUGGAUUAGUUGGAGGAUCUAACCCUAUCUUUGAUGAAAUUAUCAUUUCAUUAGCUAGUAUGAAUAAGAUUAGAUCCUUUGAUGAAGUCAGUGGUAUUUUGAAGUGUGAUGCUGGUUUAAUUUUAGAAAACGCAGACAAUGCUUUAGCUGAGAAAGGCUAUAUUUUUCCCUUGGAUUUAGGAGCCAAAGGUUCGUGCCAUGUUGGUGGUAAUGUUGCAACUAACGCAGGUGGUUUAAGAUUGUUGAAAUAUGGGUCCUUGCAUGGUAGUGUUUUAGGAUUGGAAGCAGUUUUACCUGAUGGAACUAUUUACAAUUCUAUGAAUUCGUUGAGAAAAGAUAAUACUGGCUAUGAUUUAAAGCAAUUAUUUAUUGGCUCUGAAGGUACCUUGGGUGUAAUUACGGGUGUCUCUAUUUUAUGCCCGUCCAGACCGCAAGUGUUCAACGUUGCAUUUUUAGCAGUUUCCUCAUAUGAAGCCGUUCAGAAAGUUUUUGUUGGUGCUCGUCGUGAAUUAUCCGAGAUUUUAUCAGCAUUCGAGUUCAUGGAUGGUAAAUCUCAGCUUUUAACAGCACGUCAUUUGAAGGCAGAUCAUCCAAUUGAAAGUGGUGAAUAUCCAUUCUAUGUUUUGAUCGAAACUAGUGGUUCAACCAAGGAACAUGAUGAUGAAAAGUUAGAAGGUUUCUUAGAGAAAGCAAUGGAAGAUGGAUUAGUUGAUGAUGGUAUUAUUGCGCAAGAUGAGACCCAAUUACAAAGUUUGUGGUCAUGGAGAGAGUCUAUUCCUGAGGCUUCGACAAUUGGAGGUGGUGUCUACAAAUAUGAUGUUUCAUUACCGUUAUCUGACUUAUAUGGAUUAGUUGAUGCAGCAAGUGCCAAAUUAAAGGAAGCCAACUUGGUUGACUUUGAUGAUGAUUCGAAGCCUGUUGUUGAAGCUAUUGGCUACGGUCAUAUAGGUGAUGGUAAUUUACAUUUGAAUGUUGCAGUUAGGGAAUAUUCUAAAGAAAUCGAGAAUGUUUUAGAACCAUUUGUAUAUGAGUGGAUCCAAUCUAAAAAAGGUUCUAUUUCUGCUGAACAUGGCUUAGGCUUUCAAAAGAAAAACUAUAUUGGCUAUUCUAAGAAUGACAUUGAAAUUAAAUUAAUGAAGGAUUUAAAAAAUCACUAUGAUCCAAAUGGAAUCAUGAAUCCUUAUAAGUAUAUUUAG